CAGGUUAAGCGAGAAAGGCCGCAAUUGGAGGCUUGAGCGGUGACGUGACUUUCCGCUUUGGCUGGCCUUCCGCUUGGGCUGCUCUCAGGAGGGGCUCGGGGAACAUUUAGCGGGCCUCCCCGGUCCCUCGGCCCGUGCAAGUGCGAUGAGGUCGGUUAGCUACGUGCAACGCGUGGCCCUGGAAUUUAGCGGGAGCCUCUUCCCGCACGCGAUCUGCCUCGGAGACGUCGAUAACGAUACGAUGACAAAAUUUAAGCAUAGAGAGCUGGGUUCAAAUCCAGGCAGCUGCACUGAACCUCUGUGCUAUGCAGCCUGCCCCCGGUGUGUCUGCCAAAGUCCUCUGGAGCAGCCGAAAUGGAAACAUCAGUUAAAUGAAUUGGUGGUGGGGGACACCAGCGGGAAGCUGUUUGUGUAUAAGAAUGAUGACAGCCGGCCGUGGCUCACCUGUUCCUGCCAGGGCAUGCUGACUUGUGUUGGGGUUGGAGAUGUUUGUAAUAAAGGAAAGCCAUCCCUCCUAUGCCUCUGCCUCUCCCAGAACCUGGUGGUGGCGGUGAGUGCUGAGGGAUGGUUUCACCUGUGUGACCUGACGCCUACCAAGGCCCUGGAUGCUUCUGGGCACCACGAGACCCUAAUGGGAGAGGAGCAGCAUCCAGUCUUCAAGCAGCACAUCCCUGCCAACACCAAGGUCAUGCUGAUCAGCGACAUCGAUGGAGAUGGGUGUUGUGAGCUGGUGGUCGGUUACACGGACCGUGUGGUACGGGCUUUCCGCUGGGAAGAUCUGGGUGAAGGCACUGAACAUCCAACAGGGCAGCUGGUGUCACUCAAGAAGUGGACACUGGAGGGUCAGGUGGACAGUCUUUCAGUGACUCCAGGGCCCUUGGGUGUUCCUGAACUGAUGGUGUCUCAGCCGGGCUGUGCUUACGCCAUUCUCCUGUGUACCUGGAACAAGGACGCCGGGCCCCCUCCCACCUCUGAGGGGGCCCCGGAGGGCAGCAGGGAGGCCCCGGCUGCCCGAGAUGUCAUGUUGCACCAGACUUCCGGCCGCAUCCACAACAAGAAUGUCUCCACCCACCUCAUUGGCAACAUCAAACGAGGCCACAACUCUGAGAUGGGUGGCUCCGGCCUCUUUGCCCUCUGCACCCUGGAUGGGACGCUGAAGCUCAUGGAGGAAGCAGACAAGCUGCUGUGGUCGGUGCAGGUGGAUCAUCAGCUUUUUGCCCUAGAGAAACUGGAUGUCACGGGCAAUGGGCAUGAGGAGGUGGUUGCCUGUGCCUGGGAUGGACAGACGUAUAUCAUUGAUCACAACCGCACCGUCGUCCGCUUCCAAGUGGACGAGAAUAUCCGAGCCUUCUGUGCAGGCCUGUAUGCCUGCAAGGAGGGCCGCAACAGCCCCUGCCUCGUGUACGUCACGUUCAACCAGAAGAUCUACGUGUACUGGGAGGUGCAGCUUGAGCGGAUGGAGUCGACCAAUCUGCUGAAACUGCUGGAGGCUGAGCCAGAGUUCCAGAGCCUGCUGCAGGAGCUGGGCAUGGAUCCUGAUGACCUCCCAGCUGUCCGCGCCCUGCUUCACCAAACCCUCUACCAUCCAGACCAGCCCCCACAGUGUGCUCCUGCAAGCCUCCACGAUCCCACCUAGCUGGAUUUGCCCUCUUAGCUGAAGAAGGAGCCUCCUGAACCAACCCACCCCCCAAGGUAUCCAUAGUGCUGGCAGGAUUGGGAGUAGACAUCACAGAGGAGCGUGGAAAGAUGGCAGCAACCUUAGGGAAGCUGUGAACUAUAGCCUUCAUGGUCUCCUUGGUGAAAGAAGAGGCGAGUUGGCCCUCGGCCCUAUUUCCUUAUGUACCUCACCCAUCGCAUCAGCAGAAUCAUAGAACCCCAGCCUCAUUCCACAUCAUCUGGGACUGCCCCCUUCCUAGACACCCCCCCCCUUCCAACUCUCAUUGUGUGGAAAACAGACUUGUUCAUGAGGAGGGAGCACAGAUCCUUUGCAUGGCUCCGAUGCCUAUAAGGAAACCAGGCUUCGGAGCCAGUAGGGCAAUGAGAUAAGGGCUCCCCGCAUCCCAAGCUCCGUCUUGCAUGGCACAGCUCCAAGUCACUGACAUUAGGUAUUAUUACAGGAAUGGCACACUGUUUUGCUUUUGAAGCGGGGGUCUUUAAUCAUCUUACAGUCUGGUCUUAAUUGUUCCCAGCAAUGCUGAGAUGAUUGUCUUCUUUUUACCAAAGAUACUGGGCUAGCACUUUCUCAUUUUGCCAUGUUGCUUGUGCAACUUUGUGGGCCUUGCCCCCACAUCCCCCCCAAAACACCUUUAGAAUCCAAUGUGGCUUUAUGAUCCAGACCACAAUCAGAAUUCUAUCUUGGACCAUUUAUAUUCCUUCUGCUCUCGAUUCUGUGCACCGUUAGUUAGUGUUUUUCACGUUACAGGCUGCGAUUCUCUGGUGGGUUGUGGUCAGCAUUGUUUGAAUAAACGAAAUGGGGUAGAAUAAAAUAGAAGGAAAAAUAUCUGAGUGUCAUACAGCAUAGGGAAGUAUUGUUUUGUUAUAACUGUACAUGUGCAUGUGCAUGUGCGUGUGUAUGCUACCUGCUCUGUAAAAUGUAUUUCCUGCUGUGAGUUGUGUUCAGAGGAGUCAGAAAGCCAUUGCUCUCAAUUAUAUUAACCCAGCCAGACGGGUCAACCUGGGGAAAGGUCCACAUUCACAUCACCUUUCUGUAAGGGAAUAAGGGCAGAGUUACCAAUUCGGACUCUGAUCGACAUGGAGGGAAACCAGAGAAGGACAUGAGCAUAGAGAAACAGGUGUUUAUUCAAGUGGAGAAGCAGCUGGGCUGAAGGCCUGCCACUGGGUCUGGGGUCUGCGGUUAUAGAAGCAGCAGGAGGCAGGAAGGAACAGGCAGAGCCAGGAAAGCAGAGGUUAUGGGGCAAGGCAGUGAGGGACCAAGGGUACCCACAUUACACGUGUGGUAGUGAGCCCCCUCCUCUUCUCUUGAGGUCAGGGGACUCAGCUGGGAAAGGCAAGACCAGAUGUCACAGGGCAGCUGGUUCUCCUCUAAUCUACCCCAGGCUCACAAUCUUGUUUCCACCCCAAGGUCCUAGUUCCCUAGCUGAGGUUAGUUACACCACUGUCUUCCUCUCCCCUUCGUCCGUGACUUGAGAGACUCAAACCUGCCAGAAAGAUGCUCAGGGUGUCUGGCUCCUUAAGGUUUGGGUUCCUCUCUUUACAGUGAAGAUGAAAAGCCUCCUUGUUUUUGUGCUUUGGCUCAGAGCCUGGCAAGGGAUCAAAAUAAGAUUCCAAAAUAAGACAAGCUCAAGCUCAGGAGGCCAGAGAUGAGGGGAAGGACGAACGUCUAAUGAGGUGAGUAGUUCUAGAAAUAAGAAAGACUACUGGUUAGGUUCCAAGUCUGAGUACGGCCAGGCCCUGCCAUCCUGUCCAUCUUGUGGGGGCAGUUCCCAACAGGGCUCCUCGCCAUCCCCCUGAAGUGUAAAAAAGCAAGUGGAGGAGGAGAGACACCUGGAGAAAUGCUAGAGGUACACCCAAGGUUUUGCACAGGGAAAUCAAAUAAUAACUGACUUCUGACAUUUGCAACCCCAGGAAAGGUAACUGAGAAAGCUUCUGAAGCUCCUCUGCCAACUCGCCUUUCUACUGUACCGGAGUAUUCUGUUUCCUGUUUCUUCCCCCACUCAGCUGUGAGCAGAUGUGCGCAGAAUCAGAAAGGCAGGCGGCAGCAGGGACAGGACCCCUGGUGGGUGAGAUGUGGCAGUCUAGUUGCAAGAGGUACUAAGCCCCAGGAGGGGAAGGGACAGGCAUGGGAGUGAAGGCCACCGAGGGGUGUGUGGGAUGGAUCUGGAGGCAGGUAAAGGACAGUAUGGGCUGCAGCCUUUGACUUGGGCCAGUUCCUACCACGCCACGCUUACAUCCUUUUCCACAGUCCUGAUUUGGAGGGGAACGGGGAGGCCAGUCCCCUGAGAUCAUGGGCCCUCUUUCUGGAAGUCUUCUGGAGGAUUGGGCAGUUGCUGAGAAGCAGAGAGGAAUGUGGCUGACUGAGGCCAAUGGGACGUCAGGGUCAGGGUGGUGACAGAAGGGACAGACGUGGUAGUCCCAGGUACCUGGCUCUAGUAAUGCCCCAUUCCCCAACAUGGCUCUUCCCCGAGGCAAGGUCCUUCCCCCGGGGACUGACUGGUUCAUCAGUCACUGGCCAGGCCCUUGGUACAGAGGCAGGAAGGGCAGCUCUGAGAAGGGGGCCCUCAGCCGCAGCACUCCAUGCUCGAGGUCGAUGCAGCACUGUGGGGGGUGGGGGGAAAUGUGUGCUUCUCUCAGCAGGUAGCCUCUCCCUCAGCCCUCCCCCCCCCCACUUUCCACAGCCCCCAGCCCCUGCUCCUUGCUCAUCCCCCUGUUUCCAUUCACCUGGAACUCUGGGGUUGUGGGCAGUGGGACCUGGUUCUUAUGCUUCACUUGUGGGCAAAUAAGGAACCUCUAAGGAAGCAAGGUGAAAUCCCACAACUCUGAGUCAUUCUCAUCAGAAGCUGGCCCACGCUUCCUCACCUGUGCCUUUUACCUCUUUAUCCCAGCCCUUUGGGUCAGGCCCCAAAUGUGGGUCAAGCGCCCGCAUCCUUCUUACCUUGAGAGAAAGCAGAGUCUGCAGUCCAAGACAGAAUUCAGGACUCUCAACAUCUGCAGGAAUCGUUUGAAAACAGAAGAGGCUGGAGGGCACCCAGGGGUCACGGUGCCCUGUGAGCACUCACUCCUUGUCUGCCCUCCCCACCCCCAGCUCUGAGGAUCUGGGCCCAGAGAUUGGGGGCACCUCAUAUGGUGCCAGGAGAGGAAGGCGGAAGAGGAAGAAGAGGCUGUGAAUGAAGGGAGGACUCACCCACAACCUGGGCUGAGCAGGCCACCGUCUCCUGGCCCAGCUGUAGCUCCAGCUGCUCCACCUGCGUGGGGGGCCCAGGUGCCACGUCCCCACCUGGGGCUUUGAGGACCUUCCCUAACCUGUGGUUGGGAAGUAAGGGUUAUGGCCACCACAGCCCCCAACCCCAAUGCCUUUGUCAGCUGACGCCCCUCCCCCUACACGUGGGUUCUCAUCCAAUCCCUUGCCCCCACGUGGGGUCUGAAUCCUUGUCUUCUCUACCAGAACCCCCAUCCAAUCUUUUUUUUUUUCCAAUUAUAGCUCUAUUGGUAUAUAGUUCAUAUACCGCAAAAGCUACCCUUUUAUAAAUGCAGAGGUUUUUAGUAUAUUCAUAGAGUUAUGCAACUACCACUACUAUCUAAUAUCAGAAUAUUUUCAUCACCCCCCCUAAAGAAACCCCAUCCCCCAUCCAUUCUUUUAGGCCACACUCUUACCCCAGGCGGCUGAGGCACCCAGCUGAGAUCUGGUUGUGUUGGGUGCCUGUGUCCACGGCCACCCGAAGCUCCUGGUCUCGGCACUGAGAAAGAGGGUCGCGGGGAGUCAGAAUGGAUUGGGCUUGGAUCCUUCACCUUUCCCAGCCCUUUGAUGACUCCCUCUCAAAAACGAGUGAAGGGAAUGAACCAAGCCUUUCAGAGUGAUCUUUAUGGCACUCAUGCAAUCGAGGCAAAACUGGCUCUUAGAUGGAGGAAUCAAAAAAGGAAGUAGAGCUGUCUAUGGGGAGGUCAUACACUUGGGAACCACUUGACCAGAAAUGGAGAUCUGUUUGUGUAGAGGAAUUCUUGGGACGCCGGGGGCUUAGGUUAGAGAGGUCUAGGUGAGGGAUACAGGAGGGGUGAGAAGACCAGGCUGUCUCGCCAGGAAGUUCAGAUGAGGGUAAGCGACAGGUUUACCAAGGAAACAGACGGGUUCACUUUCUUCUGGAUAUAUACAGACAUUUGUGGGUACACUUGGACAUCCCAAAUGCAUGUCAUUUUCUCAAUCCAGACUUCUGCUGAGCACCUGCUAUGUGCCAGAGAUGUGGCUGGAAGGUACAUCAAUGAAUGCUGUGCUCGGGUGUAGGGGAAGUGACAUGUAACUAAUGCAUGGUAGAAAGUUUUAAGGUCUAUGAAAGGGUUGUCAAUAAAGUGUCCUGGAUAUUGAGAGGGAGGGGAGGCUCUUUCUCCCCUGGGGAAAUCAGAAAAGGUUUCAAAGAAGAGGUAACAUUUGAGGCUUUAAAAGGUUCUAGAAUGUGGCCAGAGACUGGAGAGCAGGAAGAGGAAAUGCCACACACAAGUGGUGGCAGAGGAGUGGUGGGUGUUCAGUACCGCUGGGGUGGUCAAAUGGCUCCAGAGAGGACAAGGCUGUCAUCGGGAAACACUGGCAAGUAUUUACACAUGCGCAUUUGGAGAUUACAUUUGAUAAAAGGGUUGGCACGGACACGUGGAAUUGCAAGGAGGGAAGAUGGGUUGAGGUAGAAAGUAGAGAAUGUACAGGAUCCCAUUUUUAGGUCCAACCUCGGGGGAGAGGUGCUUUUUCUCCCUCCCUCCUUCCCUCACCACCCAGGGGAGGAAGGAGAGUGGCGGAAGUGAGCCGUUCACAGGAUCAUUCAUGAAAGCCAGUGCCCUGGGAGGCCUCUCACCUUGCAGUUCACCAGAAGAGCAGGAAUCUGUGUCUUGCUGGUCUUCCUCCUGCUCUCCUGGCUGUGAAUCGGGGCCUGCGCGGGGGGAGACUCCCCCUGAAACCGACUCUGGUUUCCCUCCACCAGGCGUCUUUGGAUCACACUGUGCGGCUGCUGGCUCCAUCACAAAACAAAGAAGGCAGACAGGUCUAAACCCAAGUAUCCAGGCCACUCAUCUCUCCCACCUUAGAUCUCCCACAAUGUUCAACCCAACCCCACCCCAGUCCCGCGUCUCAAGGGAGUAAGAAAGGGGCAGGAUCUUACCCAAGUCCCAGCUGUCACAUCAUUAUAGCAGAGUGAACCCUCGUAUCAAAUCAUACCAUUUUGCUGAGACCCCAAUAGAUUGCUCAGCAAUGAAGAAAUGAGAAAAGAACAGUCCAUUCUAGGUUAGACCAACCUAUUGACUGCCAAGACCUCUCAGGAGCUAGUAUUAUGCUGGGGGAACUUUUUGUCUCAGGUCUACAACACAUUUUUAACAUUUUUUUUCCCCUUUGUUUCCCCUUCUGACCUCAUCCUUCAAUGGGCUGCAGAUCCCAGAGUUGAUGUUGUGAUGGAAGUCAGAGAAAAAAAGUCACAUCUU